CUCGAACCAGGGUUUGCAACAAUGGGUUCUGAAAACCAGUAUCCAGAGGACAUGGGCAAGAUCAAUUUCAACUUCAGUGUUCUGAGUUCAGCUGCAGACCCCAUUCUUGCACCUCGAUUGGGACGAUUGAGUGUCGUGGGCAGAAAACCCAUAUCCACGCCGCACUUUAUUCCACUCACAACGCGAGGGGUAGUGCCUCACCUCGCCCAUGAUGUGGUACGGAGGCAGACAUCGAUAUCUAGCCUGUUCAUCGGCUUAGAAGAUUUCAUAGAACAAGCGCCAAAAGAACCCCCGAUAUUCAAGGUACCUACAGCUCCUCAUGAAUCGGCUUUGCGCAAGUUUAUCUGUUUGCCGGACGAUACGUUGCUAUUCUUGGGCCCUCGACGGAUCCCGUCUGUCGUUUGUCCGCCGGCGAACACGACGACGUCAAUCUCAGUGAUGACCUCGGUAGGAUUUAGGCAAUUGGAGGCAGAUCAGUACAUCCAGUCAAUGCAACGGCUGCGACCGGAUGCAGUUAUUGGGAUGGCAGAUAUAGUCUUGGGGAGGAAAGCUGGUGUGAAGCGACGAGGCAAAAUGGUGGAUAGGACUCAUGCCUACACAAGAGAUGCUACAGAGCGAUUAUACGGAGAUGGAGUUUCUGCAGAGGACUGUUCAAAGACGGCUUACUUUGCUCCAGUAUUGCCAUUAGACAAUGCAGAGCAAACGCUAUAUCUGGACGACUUAGAGGAUGACUUGAAGCAAUUCGUGUCUGGUCUGGCCUUGUACGAGUCGGCAUCACUUGCAAUCGUUCCUGAAUCGCUAGGGAACCUACCAAGAUUGCUUUUUAGCGAACCUGCUACUCCACAGGGUGUCUUGCGUGAGAUAUCGUUGGGGGCAGAUUUGCUCACUAUUCCUUUUAUCGCAGCUUCAUCGGAUGCUGGCUUAGCCCUGGAUUUUACAUUCCCUGCACCUUCUUCGAUGACGGCGCAAGAAGAAGGUGCCACUGCAUCUCGUCCACUAGCGAUAGACCUGUGGUCCCCCACUCACGCAACAAACACAUCACCUUUAUCUGAAGGAUGCCAAUGCUAUACAUGCCGAAACCAUCACCGUGCGUACCUCCGACAUCUCCUAUCCGCGAAGGAGAUGCUUGCAUGGACCCUCCUCCAGAUCCACAACUACCAUAUCAUGGACUUAUUCUUUUCGAACGUCCGAGAGAGUAUUAUCCAGGGUACAUUUGAGCAAGACGUCCAGGCUUUUGAACAAACAUACGAGUCAGCGCUUCCAGAACCAACUGGUGAAGGCCCAAGACUCCGCGGCUACCAGCUGCCUGCCCCCGGGCCAAACCAACCUCGACGCUAUCCUAAAGUUUUCGGGCGUCUCGACGACGCAGCUGAGAAAUAUGCAGAAUCGCAAUCGUCUGUCGCAACUCCAGACGCGGGAGCGGACGAGCUACAAGAACGUGGAUUUGCAGAGAAGAAAACGCCAUGAUAUGAUAUGGAGCUGUCUCUCAGUCAGCUGACUCGCGUUUCUGCUCAAGAGAGAGUCAGAGAGAAGAAUCAGUCGUUUAUAAAUAGAGCCUGUGGCUAAAUCAAGGCUUUCUCCCACCAUCAGCGGAUAGAUACGGGGUGGUUUUUUUAUUUGCUAAUAUGUGGUCUCCAUUAUGCAUUGUGGGACUUUUAUUUCAUGUCUACUCACUUCCAUGGUGUGCGGUGUAUGUUUCUGUUUGGAAUCUUGGGAAGGCGAAGCUUCAAUCUAGAUAUGUUAUGAACAUCAAUUGAUCCUAGAUUCUCUCUCUAACCAGCCACAUUCCUUCAUAUUGAUUUAGACAUAAAAUGCAAUGCCAUAAAUUACAAUCUUAUAAGAAAAGAGAGACAGCCCCCAUACUCUAGCCUACUGAAUGUUGAUCUGACCUAGUGGUCUAUAGGAUCAUCCCCUGUUAACGUCUUCCACAUCCACUUGAACUCUUCCUCUUCCUCCUUCGAUCCCGGCUUCGUCCCGGCACCAAAUUGUUGACCGACAACGCAAACCAGCCAGACAUCGUUUUUCAUUUCAUCGAUGAAACGCUCCGUAGCUGAGCCACGGGGGUAGAUGCGGCGCCACUCAUCCCAUAUCCGGAACGCCUCCUCACCCCAAGCACGGAAACUGACUUCUUCAAUGAUUGUUGGGGUGACAAUUUCCUUGCUACGGAAGACGCCCCAGGUGACGGCAUUGACGCUGCUGGAAUUGGCGUCCAGGUCGACUUCGUCCCAGGACUGAGAUGGAUGUGAGGACUCGAACUCACCGGCCGCAUUGGUGGCAAGCCAGGCAAGCUUUUCCUGGGCUCCUUCCUUCUCAAAGAUCGAUUUAAGGAUGUUCUUGUAGUCUUUGCUGGGGCAGAAGAAUUCGACAAACGGCUUCUGGAAGACAAAGCCGUCGCCCUGCGGGCCCCAGCCGAAGAUGGGGUGGUCGCUGCGGACAGCGUUCGCGGCGGGUUGUGAGGCGAGUGUCCACCAGCCUCUACCGUCAAUCAGUUUGAGUAGUUCUGGUUUAAUGAGCUCAGUUUCCGCGUUCAAGCCUCCGCCAUCUUCCUCUGCUCCGCCUUCGGACCAGGGGACAAUAUACAGUUCUCCAGAGACGUGGCGCCGGAAGAUUGUGUUGAUGUCUUCACGGGAAACGGGAUAGCCCCAGAGUCGACGAGCAACGGAAGAU